AUGGCGGCGCAAGCUGAAGAGGAGAGUACCAUGAACAACAAAAACCUUGGGAUGCCACAUCUUGAUUUAGAUAUCAAUAAAUCAGAAAUUCUGAUCGGUCUCACCGAAAUUCCAAACCCACAACUUGAAAAUAAGCAACAUUCGUCCCUACAGAUAUCUGAAACCGCAUCAUCAUUUCGAGGCCAUGACGCCGAAGGUUCCUGGACCUGGGAGAUUGCCGGCGCCCUCUUCAUUGUAGUCCGUGUCACCUUACUGAUAGGCUUCCUUGUCUAUGCGAAAAUGGGAUGGCUUAUUCCUCCUGGCAAUACUCGAUUUCGCCCAAUACCGUGGUCGCCAUCCUAG